AUGCUGGGAGGCCUGGGGAAGCUGGCUGCCGAGGGCCUGGCCCACCGCACUGAGAAGGCCACCGAUGAAGCUGUUCACAUUGUGGAGGAGGUGGUGAAGGAGGUUGUGGGACACGCCAAGGAGGCUGGAGAGAAAGUGAUUGCUGAAGCCUUAAAGAAAGCCCAAGAGUCAGGGGAAAAAAUUGUGAAGGAAGCCACUGAAACAGUGACCAACACAGUCACAAAUGCUGUUACACAUGCGGCAGAGGGCCUGGGCAAAUUGGGACAGUGA